AUGUACAUUGUAAAGAAAGACGACUUCCCCGUUGGCCCUCUUAAGGUGUGUUGACUCAUUUUGUCACCACGUGCACUUUCGUUUGAGUUUCGGUGCUAAAAUGGCAUACAGGCAGAGCGGGUUUACUGAUCCAGUUGCUCAGUGCUAUCAAGUAGCAUAUAAUGAAUAAUAAUAAUAAUAAUAAUAACAAUAAUAAUAGUAAUAAUAAUAAUAAGGAUUUCUUUUGCCUCAUAUCCUCAUAGGCUCAUGGCGCUUUACAACUAAAUAUUUCAAACCGAUUUUUUUUUAGAUUAAAAAAAUUAACACCAAUAAUAAAACAUAAAUAUAUGAAACUACAAGUUAAAGAUUCUUAUUCAAAAAUUAAAAAUUCUUGUCGCAAUAUUUACAGUAUCUACAUUAUUCUGACAGAACUUUGAUUAAUUUUUUUUUUUAAUAAGAAAGUCUUUAUUGAAGUUUUAACUUUUGAAAUGUCAUCAUGAUUACGUAUGGGUUCUGGCAGUGAGUUCCAAAUUGUAGGUGCUGCAAAUGAGAAUGAUUUCUUCAACUUUGCAGAUGGUAUUGUCAGGAGCCUCUUGGAGGCAGAUCUUAAGCUUCUUGAUGGUCUGUAGGGUUGCAAGAUUUCUGUUAUAUAGGAAGGCGCUAACCAAUGUAAGGCUUUAAAGGUUAACAGAAGUAUCUUGUAAUUGAUGUAAGGCUUUAAAGGUUAACAGAAGUAUCUUGUAUUUGAUACGUCUGUAUAUGGGGAGCCAGUGUAACUGUUUGAGAAUUGGCGUGAUAUGAUCAUGUUUCCUGGAACGAGUCACAAGGCGUGCAGCACGGUUUUGGACAGCUUGUAGACGAACAAUCAGAGAUUGGGGAAGGCUAUAGACCAAUGAAAAUAAAAGCAUGAACUAAGAUUUCAGUGUCUUUUGUGAGAGACUGUCUCUUACUUUAGCUAUAUUCCUAAGAUGAAGAAAACAAGCUUUAAAUAUGGUAGUGACGCGUUCGACAAGAGUUAUUUCUUGAUCGAAGACGACUCCGAUGUUCCUAGAGGAACUCACAGGCAUUAUUCUUUCACUGGAUACUUGGAUGGCCUCAAUAGGCGAGCA